GAAGGGGGAAGAAGAGAAGACGACGGUCAUUCAAUGGGCGGCGACAUCAUGCCUCCUGCUUACCAGAGAAACUUUGAUUUCACAGGCGGAGUUAACCUAGAACCUAGAACCAACAACAUUUUUUGAGAAGUGACAGUUGUUGUCAAUUCGCACCGAACUUGGUGACACAGUCGCUUUUCACUUGUUUUUUUCUUUAAAUUUUCUUAUUGUGUCCCAGAAAACAAUGGAAAAUCCUGAAUCGAAAAAUCAAGAUUGUGGAUAUUUGUGCCUGACUAUCACUGCCCUAUUGAUUGCAGUUUUCUCAGCAGGCCUAACGCUACUAAUUGCAAGCUAUAUGUAUCACGGAAGUUAUGAACCAUUUGAGCUUCCGAGUGAGGUCACUACGUCAAAUGUGAAGCGCCUUAUAGUCGGCCACAAGAAAGUGGUCCUUUUCAAAAUUGACGCUAAAAAUCGAUGCUACAUUCUGCCGGCAAAAAUGUCUAAGGAAAUCUCAAUUUCUAAAUUCUCCUUCGUCAAUUCCCCCUUGACACAAGAACUAUUGGAGAACGUUGCUGACCACGAAGGUGUCGACUUUUGUGGAAGAACGCCGGCUUUCGUUCUGGAAAAAUCGACGUAGUCCCUAAUCCUAAAACGUGAUUAAAUGUCAUGACCUGUAAAAAUGUAAUGUACAAGAAUUUUCUCACAUCUAUCUUUUUCCACUCAAAAAUCAACCAUCCUGUGAUCUUCUCCCAAUUUCCCUGUGCUCAUGGCUUUACGUGUUUCGACUUUACUUUUCUCUGAAUUUUAAUACGUUAUCUUUAAACUGUUGUUGUUUAUGUAAAAAAUUGUACAUUUGUAAAUUACAAUAAAACUUCUCAAUUUGCU